ACUGGACUAAUUGUACUUGGGUAAAUGCGAUGAAGGGUCCCCUCUUGCACUACAAUGUAAUCUCUUUCACAAGGACUCUACUUGACGCGAAAUGACUGAAAGAUAGGAAACUUUCGAAGUUCCAAUGGACAUUUUACGUUUUUCAGUGGCGAUUCUUCUUCUGGGAUUCGUCCAAGGAAGAGUUCGACAUGAAUAUCUAGGAUGCUUUAAGGACACCAGUACUCGUGCGAUGCCUGUGGCGUUGCCACGGGAUAGAAGCGACUUGUUAAAAAGCUGUAAGCAAGAGGCUGCGUUUCGAGGCUACACGGUGUUUGGGAUCCAGAACGGUGUCGAGUGUUGGUCAGGCCCUGACGCUGCCAGUACCUAUAAGAAAUAUGGAGUGUCGGAUAAAUGUCGGAACGGGCUUGGAGGACCUUGGGCCAAUGACGUAUAUCGCGUGCAUACAGAUAACGCUCAGUUGGCAGGGAUAUUAAGUGACAUCAUUUCAGAUGCCAACAGUAUUGAUGACGUUGAUCUUAAUAUUUUCGUUUCCCAAUCCAGCAAAUUACUGAAUCUGUCAAGUUCAGAAUGGAAAAAAGAUCCGAAGGUCGCCGAUACGUUUCUCUCCGCGACGGAAGGAUUAUUGGAUUUGGGAAUGAAUUCAAGCAAGGAUAAAUCUGCGAUAUCUGAAGUUAUGGUUUUCUCAGUCAGCCAAGAAGAUACAAAAGACAAGGAGUCUUUAGUGUUCCCUGAUUAUGAAGAUGCAGCAUUCUCGAAGCAAUCUUCAACAGACAGUUUCACUGUGCCGACAACCAAAGACACGGACAAAACAAACAUUGGUGGAUAUGUCUACAGUAAUCUGCACGAGAAGCUCACAACGUCGCUGAACAAGAGUGAUGAAAUGUAUCGUUCUGAUCUUCAUCAAGAAAUCGUAUCAAAAGUUCUUUCGUGUCAAGUGAAUCCACAGAUCAGAUUUGGCGUAAAUACAAACAGAACUGUCCAGAUUACGUUACAGCAUCAUAAGGAAAUGUCAAGUGAAGCAACACCCAUUUGUGCAUUCUGGAAACAUGGCGAAAACAAUGAAUCAGGUCUAUGGUCGACAGAAGGAUGCAAUGUGAUGUCCUCAAAUAAGACGCACACACAAUGCAACUGUACACAUUUGACCAAUUUUGCCAUAUUGAUGCAGUACCGCAAAGUCGAGGUGGAUAAUCGCCACAGACGUGCAUUGACCAUUUUAACCAACAUUGGUUGUUCAUUGUCGCUAAUUGCCAUCUUUGUUACCGUAUCAAUUUACAUCUUUUUCGGAUUAUACCGAAGCACCAAUUUCCAUAUUCACCUGAAUUUGUGUUUCGCUAUUGCAAUGGCUCAGAUCUUCCUAUUAUUUUCCGUCAAAGGCCGGAAUAACAAGGGUCUUUGUUUAGCGGUAUCGAUAUGUUUACAUUACUUUUGCCUCUGUGUGUUUACGUGGAUGCUGGUGGAAGGAAUCCAAAUUUACAAGAAAGUUGUGUCAAUUUUUUCAUCUUCUAUGAACUUGAUUUCCUGUCACGCAAUUGGAUGGGGUUUACCCAUUCUGAUCGUGUUGAUAACAUAUUUUUCACGCAAGGAUCAUUACACCGACGAAGACACGUGCUGGUUGUCGCCAGAUUAUAGAAUCCGUUGGGCAUUUAUCGCACCAGUUCUGCUGAUCAUUAUGAUUAACAUCAUCGUCACAGUGAUCACUUUGCGCAAACGUCUUCAUCUUCGAACGGUUACCACGAAAGAAAUGUCUUAUAAAGUGAGAACGUCGCUACGCGCUCUAUUUGUGCUGCUACCGAUAUUUGGCCUCACUUGGUUGUUUGGAAUAUUCGGGUUUUCAUCAGACGCAGUGGCUGCUAUGUAUCUCUUCGUAAUCCUGAAUUCAUCUCAGGGAUUACUCAUUUUCAUCUUCCACUGUGCUUUGAACCAGGAGGUUCGUAAGAUCAUCUUUCAGAAUCGACAAAUUCACAUACGAGGAGGAACACUCUCAACGGGCUCGAACAAACCGCCACUGCAAAAGAUUCCAAGCAAGAACAGCGAGUACUCCAACAAAGACACCAGCAGACACUCCAGCGCCCGGUCCGUGAAGGAGAACGGAGAAACUUGUGAUGAUGUGCAGCUCACUGAGAACACCCUUGCUACAACACCACAAACCCAAAAUCAUCUGGUGCCGUAAGAACCAGGCGAGUGUACACACGUAAAGUCCCACAUGUUGUUGACUAAAUCAGCUUUUUAAACCAAAACCUAGGCUUGUGGCUUGUUGAUAUUCACUCCAUGAAAUUUUAGAUUUCCAACAUACCAUAAUCCAAGAUUCAUUCAAUCCUGGACAGGGUUGCCUCUCACAACUUGUUUACCACGAAAAACGAAAACCAAAAUGAUAAGUUGUUGUGUAAAUGACCUUGUACCUUGUAAUAAUUUUAGAAUAUAGGAAGCUGCGGGGAAGCAUAUUACCAUCAUGUGGUUGAUUAACCGCUGCUGGUUUUUGAGACAACUGUUGUGUAUUUUUUGUGUGUACUUUGUUAUGUUUUUGAAGGAAGUGAUUGUGAGGAAAGAUUGAUGUGUAGUUAAAGCUUCAGGUUCAUUUGUGGAUAAUUGAUUAGGACUGGAUGUUUUUACAAUGUUGUUUUGAUAUUUCGAGGUUGUUAUAAGGCAUAGCUUAGUUAGAUUUGCAUCUGGUUGGAUCCGUUCAUACUUCACAAUAAUGUUGAGUACAGCAGACUGACAUUCAAGUUUAAGAGUCAUAUUCUGUUUAGUUCCAAAUAGGGACACACCAACAUGUAUAGCACAUGUAUUGCACUGUCAUGAUUGGCCCAGAUUAACUCUCAAAUAAGCUAGGUAUCGACGUAACAACCAGUGAAGUGAAUGUGGCAAGAAAUUGGAUGCCAUUGCAUUUAAGAAGUGUUAUACAGUACUGUAUUUUGCAAACUUUUAUAAGUUAGUUGAUUCAUGAGGUUCAUGUAAUAUAUACUUGUUUGAAAUAUUUUUGUUUUUGCACUAUAUCAAGGUCUCCUUAUAACAUAUCUUGUAGAUAAGCAAUUAAACAUGUAAUUUUUUAUUAAAAGUUGGA